AUAGCAAUUGUUCUAGAAGUUGACAAGACAUUUGUAGAGUCGUAUUUGCUUACUCAAUAAUUUUAAACUAUUUUUAUCUUGCAUCCUAUUCAAUAUUAAUUGUCAUGUGUAUGAAUCAUAGAAUGCAAAUAUUUACAAAGCUAUCUGCCAUGCCAUGAUCCUGCAUCCUGCCAAAUAUUUGCAUUAUGGCUAAAGAAGACAUAUCACUACCAGUGGAAAUGGGGAAAUUGGAAAUUCAACCUGUGAAAAGCAAAAACAACACUGACUCUAACCCAUUUUUCCACUCGCAGCCACAGCAAAGAAAACAUUUGGUUCCAAGAAGCACUCAAACAUUAAGAUGUCAUUGCUCAACCCAAAGAAACAAGAGUUCCAUAUCAAUCUGCAAAAAGAAAAAUAAUAAAAUUCUUAAAAAACCAGUUUUGAAAUUGUUACAAAACUACUGUAAAGAUACUGAAGAAUCUCACAACUGCUGUUCAUAUCCUAAUAAAAUAGUCACUUCACAGCUAGAAACUGUGACUUCCGAAAAUUCUGUCUUGUGUGCACUAGUGCAAAACUGCAAUCAAUUGAGAAUAUCUUCUGAACGGGAUAAUGCGGCAAUUGCUAAUACAAGCAAUGAUACAAAAUGGUGGAAUAAAGAGAUACCUUGCAACAGUACUCAGAGCAGAGAAUCGGUAACAGACAAAAGUAGAGCUGGCCCCUCUUGUUCUCAGGAGGCUCUCAAUCCCCCAUGUGAUGUCACUAUUGAUGAAUUAGCUAGUUACUUUGAAACUUUUGUCCAUAUACCUAAAAAAAUGUCUUCAAUGGCUGAAAUGAUGUAUAUUUGAACUAUGUUUACACUCAGACCUUGUGUUAAUUUCUUUCAGUAUAAUUAUAUGAAAAACAACACUCCUUUGGUCAAUAAAAUUAAUCCAUAUAUGUAUUAUUAAUAAUGAUAAUUAUUUUUUCACAUUCAAUUAUGUUACUUUUUAUGCCAUGUGAAACAAUAUAAAAGCUUAAUUAAUAUAGUUUGAUAGAAUCAGUUGCAUGUAGAUAUUGCAAGUAGGAAUUAAAUAUUACUAUUUUUCUAUUGUUGGAACAUUUUGGCUGACACACUAUAAAGUGUUAAAUUAAGCACAAUAAGUUUUAAAUAGGCAACGAGUCUGACCAGUCCCAAUAUUGUUAUAAUAUGUAAUUAUUAUUUUAUAUGUCUGGUGCCACCUAUGAUAAAGUGGGUUACAAUAAAAACAAUUGUAUUUGUAAGUAGGUAAUCCAAAUGCAUGUAAUUCUCUGUCUGCCUGGUAGCUUUCCUUGGAUGACAAUUUAGCCAAUUAAGUUUAUAUGACUGAUGGUUAUUUUCAUGAAUUGACACAGGCUAUUUUGUAAUACCUGGAAUUCUAUCCUGAGCAAGGAAGAGGAAAAUUGGCAUGUUUAAAAUAAAAUUAAUUAGCAGCUUAUUGUUGCAAAUUUUAACUAAAGUCAUUUGACUAUCAAUUUUUAUAAUUGAAUUAACCCAUUAUUCAUUGAAUUGAAUGUGUAAAAUAUAUAGGUACCAAUACUAUUGUUGAACAAUAAAAUAUUUUAUACAAA